AUGCCUUGGCUUUCCCGAACAAGCCUAGCGACGGGGCAUCGGGGUAUGGAAGCCCUGCCGAAUAUUCUAGCGACCUAUCAAAUGAGCUUGCCCGAGUGGCCCUGGGCCACCGGUGACCGAACUUUCACCGAGCGAUCUUAUCAGACUAGUUGUUGCUAUCACCGCCUCAAUCUCGAUGGGGACCUCGGCCCAGCAUCAAUCGACAUGGGCCAAAGGGAUGCUUCCGAAACAUCAAAGUCGCCACCUCCUGAGAUGCCCGAGGAUGUUUUGCAGAUGCAGCUGUGCCUACCGCUAGCUGCUGCCAGCCUCAUUCACAAGCACCGCGCCAAGCCUGGAGAACCCCUGACCUUCAGCGUGUCUACCAAGUUGCCAAAUGCCGGCAGAUGA